CCACAGAAUAGCAUGCGUUGACCGUUGCUGAGCAUGCGCCAUAAUUUGCAAAAUGGUGUACAGAGGCCGGAAAAGAACUACAGCGAAUUGAUGAGACUUUCUAGGAUGAUCUACCUUUUUAGCUUGAAUAAAAAACGGGUAUUUGCUUGUCAAUGUCAUUGGUACGAGUGCUGUCAGUCAAGCAUUCAGUUGAAGACAGGUGAGCUGUGAAUGGCUUGCCUCUGUUGCCCAGGCGAGCUAAACCAAGCAGACGUACAAUGCACUUUAAAUGGUCUAGAAGUCAAGAUCUAAAAUCAAAAGAAGUAACAAUUGUAUUAAGAAGAGUCAACAUUCCACAAGAUUUGGACAAGCCAGGAAUGAAUCAAGCAAUGUCACGCACAAACUCCCUGCAAUGUCAUGCAGCAACUGACAUCCUGGUUGCGGUGGCGCCGCAGCAUUCACUGAAUUAUGAUACAAACAAAGGCCUUAUGCAGCUGAAAGAAGUUGGUCAGUUGCAUCACGUUGUUCCAUGUGAUAUGCCAGACAUCGAACCGUCAAGUUUCAUGAAACCUGUUUACAUGGAAAAGAAUAAAAUGCAACAAAAACAGUCACUAGCUGAAGCUUCGUUGAUUACUUCAAAUAACAUUGGGCCUAAUGAACCUGACGUUUUUUGGGUGAGUGAUAGUGACUUCGACCAAAAUAAUCCUACAAAUGACAAAACACAGGGUUUUUUCUUGAAAAAAGGAAAAAAUAGACGGGAAAAGUCAAGUGAAGUUUUCCAAAAAGCUCCUCAAUGUGAUAUAUUGAUAACAGAUUGGGAAAUCAACGAUUCAGAUAUCAGUUUUGUUGCACCCCAGGAAGUGACAAAAAAAGAUGACAGCCUCCAGGCUUCAGGUAGAAAAGACCAGUGCUCGACUGUUGAAGGGACAAGAGGAAAACCAUUAACAGGACCUAGUACUCUGGUUGAAUCCGAUAAUCUUGUAAAUAAUCAUGAAAGUUGUACAGGCAAUCAGUUUUCAUCGUUCAAAAUAAUGAAUUGCCGUGUUAGUAAAAAAGAGGAAUGUAUUGAGUUGAGCGACGAAAGUGGGAAUGAGCAUGAAGACAACCCGGUUACUGGAAAUGAAGGAAUGCAUGCUGACAAUCAAACAUGUAAUUUAAUCAAAAAUAAUCUUACUUGGAAUCGUAAUGACGCAAGACUCAGGGGUAAGAAGAACGUUCAGUACGUAGUUGUUGACGAUGACAACGACGAUGAUGAUGAUAAUGACGACGAUGACAGCGACAACGAUGAAGAUGAUGAUGACGAUGUCACUAGCAUUAGCAACAGUGUUACUGUGGAUUACUUGGUUUCUAAUGAUUUCAUUGUUGGUCGUCACCAUGAUCCAAGGUUCAAUUAUAGUAUGUUCAAGGCUGUUUCUAAUCGGGGACAUAAUGGUUCUGAGCAUGUGGAACAUCCUUCCGACACUGAUGAUGAUUCUGUUGAAGGUUUUGACGAUGACACCACCAUAUCUUCGUCAGAUAAUGACGUUGAUGUUUCAGAAAGUGAAUGCAUUUAUAUCGAAAGUGAUAGUGAUGACAAUAGAAAUAAUGUUAAUGAUUCUGAUAACACAAGUAUCGCCUGCACAAUUCCAGUGGGAACUUUAAAUUCCAUUGGAACCAAUGAAAACUUAAAACCUCUCCACGAUAAAGAAUGUGUCAGUUAUAAAGACUCGUUGGAAAAAAGAAAGAAAAUGACAAAGCAGGAUAGCCCUCUUCAGUUUAUCAACAAAUCUAACUAUUCGAAAGAUGUUGUGAAUUUGAUUAGCAAAAGCAAUGUUGCAAAUGGACAUUUUCAACAAAUAAGAGAUGUUGAUAAAUACAAUGAAUAUGAAACGACGGAAAAGCAAAAUUCAAAAAAUGACAUGAUUUCUGAAAACAUUUCUGGCCUAAAGCUUCUUUCAGAGCGGAAAAGAGCAAAAGGGAGUACUGAAUGCUUAGAAAUCAAUGACUAUAAAGAUUCAGAAGAUGGGGGAAGCAGAGUUUUAUUGAAAAAGUUCAACAUUUCACCUUGCAAGGUUGUAUUGUCUCCUUGUUACAAUGAAAUAUUUGAAAGACCCACAGGAGUCACAAAGGGUAUUAAGCGAAACCUUACAAAUUGUUUUAGCGAAAAAGAUGGUUACAGCCUCUCAUUAGCUAAUGACGUUUCGGAGAAAACACUCCUUGAAAGUGGUAGGUCUCUAAUAGCCUUACACUUAGACGACAGUGAUGAAAGCAAAUUGAGUUUCUCACCGGAAAUCGAAAAGGUAGACGAAACAGAUGCUGAAUGUUGCUCAGCUGAUGAAAAAUUUGCGGAUGUUCCUCUGAAAUUCGCUGGUAGAGGAAGAAUGCACGAUUGUGACCCUGAUCAUGGUCAGGAAAAGAAUAGCAAUUUAUGGGGCGCAGUUUUCCAAACAGCUGAAAUGUUUAAAAAGAGCCAAAUAGAUGAAACCACGGUAGGCGUGACUCAAAGCCGGAAAUCUGAAAAUCAUCCACCUGGCAACAGUCAGGAGUUGCAGAUUGAAGGAGACAGUUGGCGAAAAAAUAAAACAUUGUUUUUAGAAAAUAAUCGCGAUGAUUGCAUGUUUAAGAAAGGUUUGCUGAAAGAACUGCUGCAUGACAAAGGCAAUGGCCCUCUAGGGGGCGAUGAGAAAUUUAACUUUACUUUAAGGUCCCAUCCUGCAAGGAAUUGCACAAAGGAAAAAGCAGAUAAAAAUAAUGAUGUUUGCACUUACGGCUUAGUUGAUUGUAACAACUUUAUUGCACUAGGUGAGCAGAACAAGCACCCAAAAGUAGAACGAAAAAGAAAGUUUUUGCAGCCGCAGAGCGAAGGGAGAGUGUUACGGAAAAGGCAGAAAAUGGAGCCACAACCGAAAAUGAAUUUUAGUAAUGUUAUUCGGGAUUGCGUAGUUAUGCUGAAACGUGUUGACCCCACUCUUUUUGCAUUUUCCGGGAGAAGGAAAGGUUCUCGAAGGUUCCAAGAUGAAAGUGAAAACUUUUCGGAAAAUAGAAAGAAGAGGAAAGUUGCUUUAACUCACGAAGGGAUAGUGAGAAGAAGGCGGCAAACAACGGAUUUGUAUUGUGCACAGAAAGAAUCGGAAAGGUACCAGAAGAUUAAGAAGGCAAAUAAAGAUCGAAAAUCUGAAAAAACAAGACUCUCUUUUCAGAGAUCAUUGGCAUAUAUAAAUAAACGCAUUUUCAACCAAAACCAAUUAAAAUCUAUUUUUGCAUGGGAGAGUUGGGACGAUUCAAAAAAUGUUCUGUAAGUAGUACAAUGCUUAUAUUGAUGUUUGGUUUUUAUAUUUUUAAGUCUUUGAUAUGUUAGAAUCGGCUAAUGUAAAUACAAGUUUCAUUUAUUCUUAUCUCAAAGAUAUGUUAAUCAGCGAAGAA